CAACGACCCUAGUCGGAAUUUCCGCCGACUACCAUGUCAACGAUGUCGGUACUUGGGCAGCUUGCCAAGAGCAGGACAGCGCCCAUGUCGUCGCCCAUCGGCUCGGAGAAACCUACUGUCCCACGGCACCGUGGAAGCGUUCCAAACACAAUUGUCAACACUAUUCGAGGGGCGUCGUUCCGGCCGUCGCUUGUCAUGUUUUCGUCCAAACCGAUUGUGCCACACGAAGACCCGUCGACAUCAAGCAUCAUCUCCAACCCUAUCUAUGACGCGUACAAGAAAGCACGCCUUGAAGUUCUUCGCAUGGAGGCGAUAUGGCACCUGCUGGUUACUGGAAUCGAGGUGACCAAGUAUCCCCACCAAGGAGCUGCGCGAACACGAGUCCUGUGGCUUGCAUUAGACGGUCGACUCUGUCUGGGUAAGGCCAAAGGACAGAUCGACUCGGCCAAAGCUAUUUCAUUGUGGAGUAUUGACUGCCUGGAGAGAGGCUGCACUGCCCCACAAUUCAACUUAUCGUUGUCCUGGCGCGAGACGCGAGGUCGCGAACAAACGUGCUUUUCCGUGCGCGGGAAGCACGCCGGUCAAUCGUUUGCGCUGCAAGUGCAAUCUGUUCAUGUUCGCAACGUAAUCGUGGACAACGUGAACACGUUCCUCAACCACAUGCAAGGCGAUGUGGAUGGUGACUUUCCAAAGGCGAUUCGCGUGAGGAUUGCGCAGCAGUUUGCAGCGACUGGAGAAGUGCUCAGCAUUCACGAAGUUCGCGCGGUGCUUCAUCGAGAAGGUUCGGAGGCGUCCAAGUUGCGUCAUGGCUGUCCGUGCCCAAAUUCACAAACGUUUGAUUCGGGUUUCGAGUCCGAAUCCGACUCGGACAGCUAAAGCGCAUAUUAGGUGUUUCGUGAAAAUUUUCGCCGAAACAGCCAAUUGAAACAAAAAAAUGAUGUAUUGUUGAGUCAAA